AUGAGAUUGGAGAAGUGUUGGUUUUGCUCUUCAACCGUAUACCCUGGACAUGGAAUCCAGUUUGUUCGCAAUGACGCAAAGAUUUUUCGGUUUUGUAGGUCUAAAUGCCACAAAAACUUCAAAAUGAAGAGAAAUCCUCGCAAGGUAAAAUGGACCAAGGCAUACCGGCGAGUACAUGGAAAGGAUAUGACACAGGACUCGACCUUUGAGUUUGAGAGAAAGAGAAACAGGCCUGAAAGAUAUGACAGGAAUCUUGCGGAGAGUGUAUUGAAGGCUAUUCCUAAGAUUGAUAAGAUCAGGGUCACCAGGGAGGAGAGACACCACAAGAAUAGGAUGAAAGGCAACAAGGAAAAGCUGCUGAAGGAGGCAGUGAAAGAGCUGGAGCAGGGCAUCAGUUUGGUUAAAGCUCCAUCAGUGCUUCAACAGGAUCCUUCUCUCACUUUACCAAAGAUCAAGGUCAAGGUUUCUCAACAGCAAUCUGAGGAGACUCCUGCCAUGGAAGAGUAA